AUGUGGGAAAAAUGGGAUGAUGAAUAUUUUAUAAAGGUAUUUUUCAACUGGGGCAUAUUUUUGAAAUAUUCAAAAGAUAAUGAAUUUCAUGAAUUAGAAGAAAGUAUAAAAAAUGAAGGUAUAGAUUUAAAUAAAGAUGAACAUGAUAAUAAAACAAGUGAUGAAGUAUUGUUAAUAUUACAAUCAUAUAUUAUAGAAAAAAAAAACACAUAUAUUGAUGUUUCAGAUUAUUUAGUUAGGAUAAUAUUAAGGUGGAAUUACUAUACUAGCUUACGAAGUGAAAAUAAUUUAAAUAUAUGUGCUGUAAAAAAUCGAUUAAAAAUUGAUAUAAAUAUAAAGACAUUACCAUCUGUUUAUAAAAAUUUUGAAGAAUAUUUUUAUUCAUAUUUUCCAUUAUUUUUAAUAGAAACACAACAAUUAAUAAAUAAUAAAAAAGAAAAUGAAAGUUUAAAAGAAUUUAAUAUUAAUAUUAUACAUGAUUUAAAAGAAAUGUAUAAUUAUGAAUUUCAUAUUAGUAUACCUUUUGAUGAAUUAGUCUUUUCGAAUAUAUUUUAUGGAGAUUUGAUUUUGUUACGAUUUGUUCCGAAAAAAACGGAGAAGCAUGAUUUAGUUUUUUCACCUGCACAUGCUUCUUUAAAAAAAAAAGAAGACAACUCAACAGACAGCCAAGUUGAAAAUGAUAAAGAAACUUUAGAGGAAUGUUCAUCAAAUGGAAGUAAUGAAGAAGAAAUUGAUGAAAUACUAAACCCUGAGCUUUUGAAAAAAUGUAUAUAUGUAAAAGAUAAAGAAGCAAGUUCUACAAUCAGUGGCGAAGAAAAAAAGGAUAAUUGUAAUGUUAAUAAUAUGAAAAACGAUGUAGAAAUAGUAAAAAAAGAAAUAAAUGACAAAAAUAAUGGAAAUAUAUAUAUGGUGAGAAAAUAUUGUGUUCGACAUUUACUUGGAUAUGUAGUUGGAAAAAAUAAAGAAAAAAUUAAAAUAAAAUUUAAUUUAAAUUUUCGAAAUUUUGAUAUUAUUGAUAAAGUUCGAAAAAAUAUAAUAUAUGAUAUAUUUAACAAAGAUAAAUUAAAUAAUUAUUCUGUUAAAAUUUCAAAAGUUACUAAUUUGAUUUCAACACUUAGGCAAUUUAAUUAUUUGUUCAAUUUUAGAAAUUCCUCGAUAAUUAGUGAAAUUAUAGAAACCCAAGGAAAAAAAAGGGGACCAAAAAAAGGAAACCAUAUAAGUACCAAUGAAGAGGAUGUGAAUUCAAAUAAUUCAAUUACAAUAAAAAAACGCAAAUGUGAAAUCACAGGUGAUGAAUAUACUAAUGUGGAAGAAAAAGGAAAAACAAUGAAAAUAAAAAAAAACGAAUUAUCUCAAAUAGUAAUUAGUGAAAAAAAAAAUAAUAAUUUGAUCAAAGAAAAUACAGAAUUGAAUCAAGAAUUAAUUGAAGAAAUAGAGCUAAAAGAAAAAAUUAGACAACAUUUAAAUAGAAAAAAAAUAUUACAAAAUAAUUUUGAAGAAAUUAAGGAAAAUGAAAAAAUACUGAAAAUCGAAGAAAACAUAAUUGAAAAAUUUGAUAAAUUUCAAAAUUUUAAAAUGGAUGAAUUAGAAAAUGCAAAUGAACAAUUUGAAGGAUUUUAUUGCAUACCAAAUUUAUUAAAAAAUAAAUUUUUUAAUAUAUAUAAUAAUUGCCAAUUACGUGCUAUAAAUAAUAGUAUUUUAAAUGAAGGAAUAACAUUAAUUCAGGGCCCACCAGGUACUGGAAAAACAACAACUAUUUUAGGAAUAAUUAGUGCUUUAAUUUUUUAUCAAAAAAAUGAAGAAAAUAAAAUAGAAAAUAGUGAUAUAGUAAGAAAAACAAAUCUGGAUAUACAGAAAACUGAUGAAAAUUAUAAAAAUAGAGAAGGUUUAGGAUGGAUUGUAACUCAAGAAAAAAGAGAAACACAAAAAAGUCCAUAUGGAUGGAUAAAUUAUGAUAAAAAAAAUGAUUAUUGUUAUUUUAAUGAAAAUUGUUUUGAUGCAUUAGAAUAUGACGAAUUUUUUGAUAAUUAUUCUGAAAAUGGAAAAGUGAGUAAAACAAGCACAUUUUAUUUUAAUAAGAAUAAUAAACAAGAACAUAAAAAUGCAUAUGACAUACAUCUCAGUAUUAUGAAUGCAUCAAGUCAGGUCUUAAAUUUUAGCACAAAUGGAAAUGAUAAUGCAAAUAUUGCAAAUGAAGAAGAUAUACAUAAAAACAAUGAAAAUAGAAUUAAAAAUUUAAUAAGUUUAGCAGAAUUGUUUUAUAAUUCAUAUGUGAACAAUAAGGAUUCUAUUGGAUCCAAUUUAAAUAAUAUUGAAAAAAAUAGUAAAUUAAAUGAAAAGUCAAGCUAUCCAUUUUGUGUUAAUGAUAUAAAUAGGAAAAUGGCUAAAUUGUCAAUAGAAGAAGAUAAUAAAAAAAUGAACAUAAAAAAAACAAAACGAAUAAAAAAUAAAAAAAUUCUUGUAUGCGCACCAUCUAAUGCAGCAAUAGAUGAAAUACUUAGACGAUUAAUUUCAUCAAAUUCAGGAAUUUUAGAUGAAGAUGGAAAUUUGUUCAAUCCUAUAGUUACUAGAAUUGGUGGAAAUGUAAGUUCUGAUUUAUUAGAAUUUAGUUUAGAAUUUAAAGAACAGUUAUUUUUAUAUUUAAAUAAAAAAUAUGAUAAUAAAAUAUAUAGACAAAAUUUAUUAAAAACAUCAACAAUUAUAUGCUCAACUUUAUCAUCAAGUUCAAAUAUUUCACUAACAAAUUAUAUAAAUCAUUUUGACGCUAUAAUAAUUGAUGAAGCUUCACAAGCUAUUGAAUUAGAUAUUUUAAUCCCAUUGUCUUUUUCUUGUAAAAAAAUAAUUUUAGUAGGGGAUCCAAAGCAAUUAUCAGCAACUGUUUUUUCAUUAUUUGCUAAAAAACAUAAUUAUUCUAGAUCUUUAUUUGAGCGUUUACAAAAAAUACAUAAAUUUAAUAAAUGUAAAUAUAAUUUAUUAUCUAUCCAAUAUCGAAUGCAUCCAGAUAUUUCCCAUUUUCCUAAUAGAUAUUAUUAUAAUAAUAAAAUUAAAGACGCUAAUUAUUUUUUAUUUGUAUUAUUAAAAGAAUUAGAAAUAAAAAAAUAUACUAAACAACUAUUAGUAGAUGAUGAUGAGAAAAAAAAAAAUAUGAAAUAUAUUUUAACUGAUUUAAAUUUAUCAAAAUUUAUAGAAAAUAAAUUUGGAAAUUUACCAACAAAUUUUAAUGAUAUAUUAUUAUGUCAAAAAAAUGAAGAAAAUUUUCAUUGGUUUUUUAUUCCCUUAUUACAGCAUUGUGUUUUUUAUGACAUAUCUUUUUCAAAACAAAAAAAAAUUAAAAAUUCAUAUAUUAAUAUACACGAAAGUGAAAUAGUUUUACAGUUUUUAGAAUUUCUUCAUUAUAUAUUUACUUCAGAAAAUGUUAAAGAGUGGUAUAAAAAAAUUGGUAUUAUUACCCCUUAUGCAGCUGAAAAAUAUUUCUUAAAAAAAGCUUUAAAAAAUUUUUUUGAAAAAAAGGGAUACAAAAACAAUGUUUCAAACUUUAUAGAUAUAGGAACAGUUGAUGGAUUUCAAGGAACAGAAAAAGAAAUCAUCAUAUUUAUUUGUGUUCGUACUAGGGGGUGUUUUAAAAAAGAUGAAAAAAAAAAAAUAAAUAAUCUUAGUAUAGAAAAAGAGCUAAUUAAAUCAGCUAAUGAUAAUAAGCAUUUAAAUGAAAUAAAAUUAGAAGACAAUGCAGAAGAAGCACAUUCAAUAAACGAACUAUCUGAAUCGGAAAUGGAUGAACAAAUGGAUGACUCAAACCUCUUUUUUUCAAACUAUAAACGUUUGAAUGUGGCUUUAACACGUGCUCGAUAUAAUUUAUUUAUUUUUGGGAAUUGCUCAUUUUUAAACAAAUGUGAUGCAUGGAAUAAAAUAAUAGAGCAUUACAAAAUAAAUAAAAAAAUAAUUAAAAUUAAAAAAAAAAUAUAUUUGAAAAAAAUGAAAAUAUUAUCAGAAGAUAUAAAUGAAGAUUAUAUAUUUGAUGAUAAAAAUGAAAUAAUUAAUAAAAAAAUUGAAAAUUCAUUUUAUAAUAAAAAUAUAAUUGACUAUAAUUUUAUUCCCAUCGAUGAAAAUGAGAAUGAAACAUUUAAUUUAAAAGAUUUUAUUAACUCUUUUGAUAUAAAUAAUGUUAAACAAAAUAAUUUAGAAAACAAUAUAUAUAAUGAAGGGGAUAUAAAUUAUAAACCAAAUGAAAAAAAUGAAUAUUUAUUAGAAGAUAAUAUAAAAACAGAUAAAGAAUUUGAUGAAAAAGAAAUUAACGAUUUUUUUAAAGAAUUGUAUAAUGAUAGUUUUGAUAAAGAAGAUAACACAUCUUUACAAGAAAAAGAUGAAGAAAAUAUUAUCAAUGAUAAUAGUUUUAAAGAAAUAAAAGAGACAUUUACUAAUAAUUUGUCUACUCAACCCAAUGAUUUACAAAUGAAUAUAUAUAAUAAUGAAAAAAAAAAUGUAAUAACAACAUCAUCUUUUGUCAACAAAAAUUUAGAGCAGCUGGAUGCUAAUCCUAUUGCAAAUAAUUUAACUGAAAAUAAUUCGACGAAUAAUAAUAACAAUUUAAAUGAUGAAGAUAAUAUGACAAAUUUACAAAAUGAUGAUAAAGAGUCGUUAAAUAAUAUGUUAAACAUAACACAAGAUCGUAAUAAUAUAUUACAUAUAAAGAAUAAUAAUUAUUUUAUUGAUACGCUUAAUAAUUGUUGUAAAAAGAAUACGGGACUCCUUUUUGCAGUGAAAUGUAUUUUGCCAAAUUUUUCAAACAUUUUUUUACAUUAG